CUGAAAACAAAUGUGUCUCUACCAACAUUCUACAGAUUAUUUAUCACUACAUUGAAAUACAUUUAUUUUCUUCUUGACCGAACUCCUACGCAAACAACAUAGGCUAUUUUUUAAAAGAAAAGCCAAUGUUAACGUAGUACAAUGCAAUAGAGCAAACAUGAGGCGCUUAAGUGAUGGUGGCUGCAUUUUCCUGCUCCUCUGUAUUCUUCCUUCAUUCUGUGCAGGCAUUGAAACCAUUGAUGGUAAUGGCAAAAUCCCAGCUCUCUUCACAUUCGGGGACUCUCUCGUAGAUCCAGGCAACAAUAACUUCAUUCCCACCUGGGUUAAGGCCAACCAUCCACCAUAUGGUCAAGAUUUCAUGGGUGAUGAACAAAAUGGUCGCUUUUCUAAUGGAAAACUUGCAACAGAUUUUAUUGGCUUAAGUUUUGCUUCCGCUGGGACUGGAUACGACAACCUCACCUCUGCGUUUACUAGUUCGAUACCAAUGUGGAAACAAGUUGAGCUAUUCAAGACGUAUAAGGCGCGCCUGGAAAAUAUUGUAGGAGUGCAAACUUCAUCCAGCAUGAUUGGGAAAUCAAUCUUUCUGGUAUUCGCAGGAUCCAACGAUUUCAUAGAGAAUUACUUGUUUCUUCCCAAUAGGAGAACUCAAUUUACUGUCCAACAGUACCAGGAUUUUAUACUCAAGAUCUGCAGCAAUUUCAUCGAGGAGAUCUACAAGCUCGGUGUGCGUAAACUGGGCAUGGCUGGGCUCUCCCCACUAGGAUGCGCUCCCGCUGAGAAAACAUUAUACGGACAAUCAUUACUGAAAGGAUGUAUUGAAGAAAUCAACGAUAUUUCAAUUUCUUACAACCAGAAAUUUGAGGAACUGCUCAAAGGAUUGGAAGUUCGUCUUCCAGGUAUUAGAGUGGAGUACAUGGGCAUCUAUGACAAGCUUUUAGACACCGUGAAAAAUCCUUCGUUAUACGGACUGGAGAUAACAGAUAGGGGUUGCUGUGGAACAGGAGUAAUCGAGUCUGGGCCCACUUGCAAUGCUGGAACUCCAAUCACUUGUAGAAAUACAUCAUCCAGCCUUUUCUGGGAUGCUGUUCAUCCUACGCAAGCUGUAUAUCAGAUAGUUGCUGACCUAAUCCUGCGCCAAUAUAUACCGAAACUACUAUAAUUAACAACCCUAAAAAUAUCAGCUAAAAUGGAAUAAAUCUAUAUCCAGCAGUAAGGACAAUUAGCUGCGAAGAUCAGGUGUGGCUUAUUCAUCCAUGUAUUUAUAGAAAGAUGGUGAAGACCAAGAACAAAAAUGGGGAAUAUGAAUGCUCAUUUUAGAAGUGACCGUGUCCACAUUUGGGUCCUGCAAAUUUAAAUAAAGUUCAAAUAGCCCCGGUUUCGUGUUA